AUGGCUACUUUAUUGAGCAGANUGUACACGCUGACAAAACCUAAAGCACCAAGCCAAAUUGUUGCGAGCGUUCGCAGAGGGCCUUCAAGACCAUUUGAUCUUGAAAGUUACGUCGAGACCCGAGAUAAAACACCAAUUUCAGCGAAAUCUUUUAACAGAGCCGAAGGAAACGACGAACAAUUUGCAGAGAUGAGUCACCAGCAACCAAAACCAACAUUUCAACAGCAGCAGAGUAGGAGAACAACUAAACAAAGGCAGCAGCCCUCUAUAAACCAAGACCCGACCCUGCAUGAAAAUCAUAUGGAAAUGGCUACUUUAUUGAGCAGAGAGUGGAAGAAAGUACAAGACUGUCAAAUAAAGGGAAAAGAUGCAGAUUCAGGUUAUGAGACUUACCUUGAUAAAGAGCCCAGGAAGCGUAGUAUAGACAGUAAUUUUCAACCAUUUGAUUUGGAAAAAUUUUGGGGAACAAGGACACUAACAAAUGCUUUAGGAAAGCCAACCAGCUGA